AUGUCUGAACCAACUAAUCCUAUUGAUGCUCCUGCACCUCUUGUACCACUCAAACUUAAACACAAACUUCAUGUUGGAGAAUUACUUGUCUCAAAUGAUCCACUCCACAACAGAUUAGUCUCUGUUGGUGGUCAUUUCACAGCUAUCCUCCAAGAAGAUGGAAAUGGUCAAUUGGUCGUCAAAGAUAGUCUCAACGUUCAACUCUAUCAAUCCAAGAAUCGUACUUUACCAAAUGUUAAUCAUACUCAUUAA